UCUGCAGGUGCUGGAGAGUCAGGGAAGAGCACCAUUGUGAAGCAGAUGAAGAUUAUCCAUGAGGACGGUUACUCAGAAGAUGAGUGUAAGCAGUACAGAGGAGUUGUGUACAGUAACACAAUUCAGUCCAUUAUGGCGAUCGUCAAAGCCAUGGCCAACCUCAAGAUUGACUACGAGGACACUGCUAGAGCGGAUGAUGCCCGCCAGCUGUUUGCACUGUCUGGGUCUGCAGAGGAGCAGGGCACCUUGCCAGAGGACCUGUUUAACGUCAUCCAGCGACUGUGGGCUGACGGCGGCGUCCAGAGCUGCUUCACACGGGCCCGGGAGUACCAGCUCAAUGACUCUGCAGCUUACUACCUGAACGACCUGGAGAGGAUAGCCAAGCCGGACUACAUCCCCACACAGCAAGAUGUGCUGCGGACCCGCGUCAAGACCACAGGCAUCGUGGAGACACAUUUCACCUUCAAGGACCUGCACUUCAAGAUGUUUGAUGUGGGAGGCCAGCGGUCAGAGAGGAAGAAGUGGAUCCACUGCUUCGAGGGCGUCACAGCCAUCAUCUUCUGCGUGGCCAUGAGUGCUUAUGACCUGGUCCUGGCAGAGGAUGAGGAGAUGAACCGGAUGCACGAGAGCAUGAAGCUGUUUGACUCCAUCUGCAACAACAAGUGGUUCACAGAGACGUCCAUCAUCCUGUUCCUCAACAAGAAGGACCUGUUCGAGCAGAAAAUCGCCCACAGCCCUCUGACCAUCUGCUUCCCCGAGUACCCCGGUCCCAACACCUACGAGGAGGCUCAAGCCUACAUCCAGAGCAAAUUUGAGGACCUGAACAAGAAGAAGGGCAGCAAGGAGAUUUACCCCCACUUCACGUGCGCCACUGACACCAAGAACGUCCAGUUUGUGUUUGACGCUGUCACCGACGUCAUCAUCAAGAACAACCUGAAGGACUGCGGCCUGUUCUAAGAAAAAAAAAAAAAGAAGUCAGAAAAAAGGUCAAGAUUACUUGAACAGUUCUGAUGACCAUAAAUGACGGGGGAAGACACACCAUCAUGAAUGACUGCACUGUCCCACCACGAUUCCUGCUUUGAUCUGCUUUUCAUAAAGACACCUAAGAGACUGUAAACCCCACCAGCCUUGCAGAUUUUCUUUGAAUGCUGAUCCAGAUGCUCGUAUUGUCGUCUUUGGGCUAUGACCACGAAAAUCAACAUGAAUUCUAUUUUUGUUCCUUUUUUUUUCUUCUUUAUUUUGCAAUUACUAGAGGAGGAAAAGGCAAGCUUUUUUAUAUAUAUAUAAAUGCAUACUUGUUACUUUUAGAGAUUCUGACAUGCAAAUGAUUAAACUUUUAAUGACAUGAAACUUAUUUUUAAAAGGUGAAGCACAGGCAUGGACAUAAUUAUGAUUGAUAAAAGGAAAGUGUUUUUUUGUUGUUUUUUGUUUUGUCUUUUUUUUAGAUAAUGUUUACAUCAAUUCCUCAUUCAUAGCCUAAACAUAUAUUGCUCUGCAUGACUCCACAUGAGAAAUAUUAGCUGUGUAAUCUGCACAAAUUAUCUAACAUUCCUACAAAGUGAUUUUAAAAAAAGACAAAAGAAAAAAAAAAAAGAAAAACGGCUUCACCUGCGGGGGGGGGAUUAUGGCAAAAUUCUAACAUGUAUUUAAAGUGUGUGUGUACCUAACAUCUAUCACUUUUUAUAAUACCAUUUCUGUCUCUUGCAGUAUGUUUGUGCCUUUUACUUAUGUUUACAGCCAGUUCCUAUAUAUGCUUUCAGUACUGUUUGACUUACUGUGCGCCUAUAUUUUUCUUCCAUUUUUCAGUCUAGCACCUAUGAAUAAAUUGUGAUUAUUAAUAACGACAAAAUCUAAUUGAGAAAAAGGUUAGUGGUUUUGGUAAAUAUUAAAAUGCUUUAAAAGUCCUAUAUGAUUUAAUUUAAAUAAAGUAGACAUCACUUGA